GUAUUGCAACGACUGGGGAGAGGGAUAGUUGCAAUGGACUACCGAAAGUACACACACACACACACACACACUACCCCUUUCACAACCUUUACAACAUUUUCUUCCUUUACUAAUUUAAGACACGUAAGAUAUCAACAUUAUAAUAUGUUACGUUAUUCAAUAAUGUUAUGAAAUAACAGCGGCAUUCUUUCUCACAACACCUUCCCGGUCCGCCCAAGGCUUUAAAUCCUUAUCGAUUUCCGGGAUAAUAUUCCCUUUAGCUCAGGGAGUAUUGAUCACAUACUUCAGAUACUUUACAUAAAGUAUAAUAAAAAUCCGGAUCCUGAGUCAACAGCAGCUCACGAGAACCCUACAAAGGUCUUGUUUACACUCGUUACACAUUGUGAAGGCAAAAAUAGUGCAGUACCUGUAUUAUUAUAAACUGGUCUAGAUCACAAAUUAUUUCUUUUGCAGUAAAUUAAUAGUUUGUAUCGUGAUUUAAAAGUCUGUGAUGAUUAAUUGGUUAUGAAAUAUUGAACGAUAAAUUUCCUGAUAAACACUCGACUCCCUUUGAAGCUUAAAAUUUUCUCUUUCCUGAGGCUUUUAAUAUUCAUUUGAUACUAACAUCCAUUUCUGUCGGAAUCACUCGUUUCUGAGUUAUGCUUAGAAUUGCAUAAGGUAAGUGGUAGGGCCAUUAAUAUUGUUGUGCGUGACUUGGGUGUUAAUACGGAAACGAUGGUUAUAGAACUUAAUUAAAAAAGCAGUGGAUAUUUUGCCGUGACUGGUAAGUAUCUAUUUAUGCUAUUUUACUGUGAGCUCUGAUUGGUUAAUUAACCAUUACCGACGAACAACGCGAGAAAUAUAUGUGACCAUGACCGACGGGUAUUUGGCACUUAUUUCUCCAUGAGUUGAUCGCUGUGUAGCUGUAAACGUACCUAACCAUAUUUUUUUGUGCAUAGAAACUUAUCAAUAUAAAAUAGGAAACAUUUACUAGAACCUAAUAGAACCUGACCUAAACAACCAAAGAAACCUACCUAACCCUACCUAACUUCCUAGCCAUCCCUGCCAUAUUAAACAAAAGUACAUAUGUUGAUAUCUGGUACCAAUGAAAGCAAUUUUGCUGAAGCAUCAUAGUAUAAUUUUACAUUUUUUGUGGGAGUGAAAGUAUGACUCAGACCGAGCGGGUUGUGAAUAAACAGAUGACACGCAAUGUUUGCGAUUCACGUUAAUUUCUUACUUCAAAUUACUUUUCGGUUAAUAUCCAUUUGCAACGGAAGUGGUAGUAGAAAAAGCUGUUCCUAUUGACAAGAUAUAACUAAUGGUAAACACAAAAUUGCACUUGCCAAGUUGGGGCUGAAACUGUAAUAAUACCUGGAAAAUACAUGAUUUAAGGGUAAAUUUUUACAAGUUGCCCAUAAUGGUUUUGGACAUGAAACUUACGUUUUUCCAGUGGCUUUUUGUGUGUUUUGAACGAUUCUGACCUUCAUUUAUAUUGCAAAUGACUCGUUUUUGAGUUUGACAUCUUGGGGGACCCAUAAGAAAUCUGGGUUUUGGGCUGGGCAUAGAGCAAAAAAGAGUGAUAUGCUAUAUAAAUGACCAAAGUUGGCACGGAUUUUUCGUUUUUAACAAGUAAGGAAAAGCCAAAAUUUUAGAAUCCGAGCCAAGUUUUGGAGAAAAAUUAUUAUCAAAUUCGAAUGCAUCACACCAAAACCCAUCGGAAACACUUCGGUUUCAUCUCAAAAUCAGUUUCUCUGCUAACCUAACCUGACCUAACCGCCAUUGAUGGGGGGUUGGCUCCGACUGCAGGCCCACCCCCCAGCAGAGGUCAUAUCGAAACAACCAAACUCACUUAACCAAACAUCAAUACUGGACUUAGAAAAUAUUCGAUGACACCCUAAUGUGAUUUUGACAAUACUUGACGAGAGUGGGCUGGCCUUAGCCUCAACUUGACAAAAUUUGGUCAAGAUUCAUUUGACACCAUAAUGAAAAUUUGAUAACUAAAAUAGGGUUUUCGGUAAUUAUUGACGACUGACCUACUGUACAGCCAAAUUUUCAAAGAAAACGAUUAUAAAAACGCCGCAAUUGCACUGUGUUUUAUAGUGGACGCUGAUGUAGUUUGUGCAAAUGUGGUAAAAGUGGUUAUUUCUAAAUUUAACCUAACUUAACCUUAUUUGAUAUGAAAAGCAGUUAGAAGACCUCACCUUCCUAACCAAACAAACCCCCGGUAUAUUAAACAGAAAGAACUUACUAUGAUAUGGUGCAAUUUUACGUUUUUUUGUGGACACUGAACAUCGGCAUUGAUCUGGUCCCCGGCAGCGGAUUGUUUUGAAAUAUGUCAUUAUGAUUGGCUGUUUACAUCCUGGGAUGAAACAUCACCACCUCGUUACCGGUACCCUCAAGAAUACAUAGUUGUGUGCGCCUAGGCGCCUAAUUAUCUACCAAACGAAGCAUUUUCUCAAGUAAUGAUUAUCGUAGCAGAACUCGCUGAUGAAAAUAUACUGUAGUAACAAAAUAAACAUAAAAUCAAAUAAUAAUGUGUUUGUGGGUCAGUUAUCAAUAUUAACAGGAUUUUCUUAUGUUUUUCAAUGUGAUUUAAACACUAUGGGUAAAAUUUUAGUUUUGGUCAUCCUUGUAUUUAGAUAUGCAAACUAUGUUUUUCCGACGGUUUUUUAUGUGUUUUGAAUGAUUUUGAUCUAAUCUCAGUAACCUAACCUAGCCACAGAACCCAGGAACUAUAUCUAGCCUAACCUAAAUUCCUAAGAUUCCCUGGAUGACCGAAACUAAAAUUAUACCCAAAUACUAUAUGACCCUUAUUUGUGGGAUGGGGUGAAUGGGUACCUUGUGAAACACCAAUACCACUGAUGGCCCGCUCACUUUGACACCUCUGUGUUUAGAGCAGGCAGUUGUGCGCCCCACCCAGAAUACAUCAUCGAGCCAGGGUACACACACACACACAUGUUGAUCUUUAGCUAUAAGAACAGGGUAAAGGAUUUCAGUACUGUACAUUAUAUGGCUAAGAAGAAUUUAUCCUGGGAAUGAGACAGAUGUCAGGACCAUGGCUAUUUAGGGGAGAUUAUGUAUAUUUAGGGGCAGGGCUGGCCUUAGGAGGUGUGGAGCCCAAUUGGGAACAAUUUUGGUAGGCCCCAGGUUCCCAGCCAAGUUCUGUAGAAUCAUAGAAAUAUAAAUAAAGUCUAUUACGUAUAGACUUUAUAUCUCUAUGGUAGAAUGGAAAGUAAUCAAAAUGUGCGCUUAAAAAGUGCAUGCGAGUUAAUGGACCAAACAGAUCUAUGCUACAUUUUAAUACGUAAUAUAAAAUUGCAGACAUGUAAACCUACAAGUAACAAACAAAAUGUGUAAAUCACCUCUGAAAAGUACAUAGUUACAAUACCACUUGCUUUAGUGACUGUGAAAUGAUAUGGUGUUACAUAUAUAUUGCAAUGUGUUGUUGUGUGUACUUGACGAGCUGAGAGUAGAUUACUCUAGCGCGGGGCCCCCUUAGGCGUGGGGUCCAAUUGGCUUAAGGCCGGCCCUGUUUAGGGGUCAUAGCAUGGUUGUUUCAAUCUGAAAUGUCUUUAUUAUUUAUUCUACUGUAUAUAGAUACAGUAGAAUUUAUAUAUGCAUUGUGGCAUUUGUCUUUUUUAAUACACAUCAUGUUUUUUUGGCAGAAGUGAAGAAUGGCAGAGGGAGAUAACGGCACAGUGUUGCCCCGCGACUGGGUGCUAAAGAGCUCACGGCGGUGUCCUGUUGCUAAGUACUAUUUCAAUACUAAGACUGGUCAAGCAACAUGGAUACAUCCACUUCUUCUGAAGGAAAGCAAAGAAGAUUGCUCCAAAGAACCAAAAGAACUUAAGAAAUCACCAAAGAAACGAAAGAAAGUUAAAAUUAAUUUAUCUGAAUCACAAGGAAGUAUAGUUAAUGAACUGAUAGUAAAAAGUGACGAAGCAGAGGUUACAUCCACAAACUCUGUAGCAGUAAGUUCUCACAGUCCUCACAGAAACAAUCCAGUGCAAGGAAGCCCAACUGUUACCGAGUCAGAUGACGGCAAGGCAAUAGACGAGGAGAAAUGGAACUCUAGAAAACCUGUGAAAUUUGCAUUUAAAGCAAAGACUGAACCAAAGAAAGACUCUUUGAGCGGCCAAAAAAAAAUUGUGUCAAUCCAUCCGAGCUUACUGAGAGCAAGAAAAGUUGCAGAAAAGUUACAGUGGUCGAAAAAAGUGAAAGAUAAGAAAGUUAAACCGCAGAGUGAAAGGACAGUUCCAUCGAUAAAAUUAGAAGAGAAAGUAGAUGUUCCAGAUAAUAAAUUAAAAGAAUCAGUGGAGAAGACUAGAAAAGGUAAAAUAACUGCAGUAAGCACAAGAAGAAUUGUGAAGGCAAAGAGAAGGAUAGAAUAUGACAAAAAAGUGAAGGAAGAUGAAGCUUCUAUACAGGAGAUUAUUGAAGAAAUAAGUGGCAGUCCCUGUAAAAAGAAUGAAGAGUGCAAGGUAAAAAGUAAAGAGGAAAAGGUCCACUACAAACAUAAUAAGAAUAAUGAAUAUGAUGUGUAUAAGCACUUUGUAAAAUCUAAACAAGUUUCUCAUCAAACUUUAAAAUCUUCACAUAAAGAUAAUUAUCCUCCUGAGGAAAGUGAACUUCCUCCGCUUGAUAAAGUGGUACAUAAACAAGAACCUCAUUAUGAAGUUGAUACUGAAAAUGACUCUGAUGAAGUUACAGAAAUGGAAGUAGAGGAACAAGAGAUCAUUACUGAGAUUGCAAACUUCCGUGGAUCUGUCAGUCAUUCUCACAAAACAGACAGUAACCAACUGUUAACAACAAAUAUUAACAGCAACUCAGAGUCUGUCUGUAUUGUAGUUGACACAAAUAUACUUAUUCAAGAUAUUGGGUUCCUUGAAAGUCUCAAAUCAAAGGAAAUUGCAAAAAAGGAGGUUGUUAUUGUGAUCCCCUACACAGCAUUAAAAGAAAUGGAUGGACUAAAGAAAAAUGCAUCUAUUGGGAAGGCAUCUCAGGCUGCUAUAUGCUGGUGCAACAGUCACUUUGAAAAUAAUGACCCAAGAGUACAGGGACAAAGUUAUGACAACUACCUCAAGACAUUAGCCCACAGUCAACACCCUAGUGGUGAUGAUCUCAUCCGUGACUGCUGCCUGCUAUUAAAGAAAGAAAGUCUCGAUGUUUGCCUCCUCACAAAUGAUGUUAAUCUCCGCAAUAAGGCUUUGAUGUCAGCUAUUACUGCAGUUAGUAUUCGGGGUCUUAGAUUGAAACUAAAAGAGAAUGCAUCCAAUCAAAUGACCCAUUCAGUUACUUUGCAAGAUACUAAAAAAAAAAUUACAAAUCACUCUUUACCUGAUGUUGAUAAUAUAUAUAAUUACUGUGGAAAUACCAAAGAAUAUCCACAACUGGAUAAUAUGGUGUGUGAAGUGACUCCCAAAUGCCUGUCAUCAAGACAGGAAGAUAGACCCAGAUAUGUAAAGAAACUCAGAAAAUCAAGUGGUAACUGUGAGAGUAAGGAUGAGACAUUGCUUCAUAAGAUCAGCACAUCAUUACGGGUUACACUGAGUCAAAUUUUAGAAUGUAUCAUGAAAGAUACAUAUGGAGAUUUGUGGCUUCAAAUUGUUAAAUGUAAACCUCCAUGGAGUAUCAGUGAUGUGUUUUCAUGUUGGGAAAAACAUUGGAUUGCUAUUAUGUCUGAUAAGUUCCCAAGAGAAGUAAAAAUCUUGAUGAAACAGAUCCAAGCAAUAUUAGGUGAUUGUAAAAGGGGAAGAGGUAAUAUUGAUAACCUUAGUGGACAAGUACAAAAUUUGUACUUAUUUUUCAAAAGUCAACCAUAUCAAAGUUUUAUUUCUCCUAUUCAUGGACAAACUGAUGAAAAUACAGAUAUGUCAGAAAUUCCAAUUCAAGGCUCAGUAUUACCCUCCAGUGAUUCAUUAAUAGAUGUUGACAAAGUUGAAAGCUCAUUAAAUGAAAGAGAGGACUCCAACAGACAGCAGCCUACCCCCAGUGGUUUAGAAAAUCUGGAGAAAAUGAUCAAUCUUGUUGGAGCACACAUCACUCACUUCAUAGCCUUGGUGUUAGAAGCCUAUGGAGUUGAACACAGUUUACCCACCCUCAACACAUCCGGUAAAAUGACUAGAGAAGGUGCACGAAGCAGUGGCAUAAACUUACACAAAGUCACCAUGAAAUUGGGAACUACAAUCUUCAGAUGUUUAUCUGAAGGAACAUCAGAAUCACUUCAAGAAUUUGGUCAUCUACUUAUAAAUUUCUGGGCAGAUGCCAAGCAACAAUGCCCAAACUUGCCUUUUACUGAAGAGGAUUUAACACAGGUUGUUACAGCUCCAAGUGGUCGGAAUUUCCUUCAAUUGACAUUAGGAGAGUUGGAACGACUGUUAGCCAUGCUAGUAGCUGUAAAUGAGAACCAGUAAUUUUUUUCAUUAAUAUGAUGUUUGUGAUAAUACUUCUAGUCUUCUUGUAAAUUAUUUGGAUAUUAUACAGUAGCCUCGGGUUAUUUCACGAGAUAAACAUUCACUGAAUAAAAGAUUGUGAUAUGAAGAUACAGUACCUGUACAUGUAAUGAAUACAAAGUAAAGGGUUAGGGACCUCAGGCCCCAAAACUCACAAAACAAUGCAUAGUAGGUUCAUUAAUUUAAUAAACAGAAGCAACAAAUAUACAGACACUCCCCAGGUUACAUUACCAACUUCAUGGAUACUCUCCCAUAUGUCCUACUUAAAUUGAGCUCCAAUUAAUCCCCAGUCCAAGCCGGGAUAUUUCCAACCACACUCCACCUGUGAGCUCUAUGUUAUGUUAUGGUUAUUUUUUAACCCUUAAUUUUGGGUAGAUAUACAAUAAGUAAUUUUCUUCAUUCUUUUAUUUAGUUACAGUAUACUGUAUGCACACUAAAUCUUCCAUA